AGUCGGCAAUUUUAGUCAACAAUUACGAAAGGCUAGAAAGAGGUAGAGACAAAUUUGGCUGGCCUGCUAAUGUACAAGAUGGUUGAAAAAUCAAGGAUUAAACACUUGGGUCUCAGAAGUUUGGACAGAUGGAGGGCUACAGCUUCUUGUCCGUCAAAGUUGUGUUGGUGUUGGUUUUGCUGGUGCAGUUCACAGCAGCUGAUCACAGUCACAAGAAGCACGCCGGCGAUGGGGUGCAGCCGCUGUCCAAGAUUCAAAUCCACCGAGCUGUUUACGACCUUCACGAAAAUGCUUCCGUCAAAGCUUACCCUGUCCUUCUUGGCACCAAAGGGGAAGAUUCUCAGUGGGUAACUAUUGAAGUUGCAAGUCCGAAGCCUGCUGAAGAUGAUUGGUUGGCAGUCUUUUCUCCUGCAGAUUUCAAUUCAUCGACUUGUCCACCUACCGACGAUAGAGAAGUGGCUCCAAAUAUAUGCUCAGCUCCGAUAAAGUACAGAUUUGCCAAUGAUUCCAAUGCUGGCUAUACAAAAACGGGCAAAGCUUCUUUGAAGUUUCAGUUGAUCAAUCAACGGGCGGAUUUUUCAUUCGCAUUAUUCUCAGGCGGGCUGUCUACCCCAAAACUGGUGGCAGUUUCUAAUUCUAUAAGUUUUGCUAAUCCGAAUGUACCCCUUUACCCGCGUCUUGCUCAAGGGAAGGACUGGAAUGAAAUGACAGUAACCUGGACAAGUGGCUACAACAUCAACAAAGCUGUACCUUUUGUGAAGUGGGGUCUCAAGGGCGAAGCUCAAAUUCGAUCUCCAGCAGGAACACUGACUUUCCCUCGAGGAAGCUUGUGUGGUCCACCAGCACGAACAGUUGGUUGGCGGGAUCCUGGUUUCAUCCAUACAAGUUUUCUAAAAGAUUUGUGGCCAAACUCAUUGUACACUUACAAGCUCGGUCAUAAAUUAUCUAAUGGUUCCUAUAUCUGGAGCAAGUCCUACCACUUCAAGUCAUCACCAUACCCGGGGGAGGACUCAUUACAGCGCGUGGUUAUAUUUGGCGACAUGGGAAAGGCUGAGCGUGACGGUUCAAAUGAAUACACUGAUUAUCAGCCCGGCUCACUCAAUACUACAGAUACACUGAUAAAGGACUUAGAUAACAUUGACAUAGUAUUUCACAUCGGAGAUAUUGUCUAUGCCAAUGGAUACAUCUCACAGUGGGAUCAGUUCACGUCACAGGUGGAGCCGAUUGCAUCAAAUGUGCCAUAUAUGAUUGCAAGUGGCAAUCACGAACGCGAUGCACCAGGGACAGGAUCCUUCUAUGACCUCAAUGAUUCAGGCGGCGAAUGUGGUGUCCUGGCGGAGACUAUGUUUUAUGUUCCUGCUGAGAACAGAGCGAAGUUCUGGUAUUCGACAGAUUAUGGGAUGUUCCACUUUUGCAUAGCUGACAGUGAGCACGAUUGGAGGGAAGGCUCUGAGCAGUACAAAUUCAUUGAGAAAUGCCUUGCGUCCGCAGACAGGCAGAAACAGCCUUGGCUGAUAUUUGCUGCUCAUCGUGUUCUUGGUUAUUCGUCCGCACAGUGGCAAGGUGGCGCAUUUGGCGAGCCUAUGGGAAGGGAAAGCUUGCAAAAGCUUUGGCAAAAGUACAAGGUGGACAUUGCAUUGUACGGUCAUGUCCAUAACUACGAAAGAACAUGCCCCAUUUACCAGAAUCAGUGUGUGAAUACAGAAAAGUCUCAUUACUCGGGAACUGUGAAUGGAACUAUACAUGUUGUUGUUGGUGGAGGAGGCAGCCACUUAUCUGCUUUUGGCCCGGUGCAAACGAGUUGGAGCCUUUUCAGAGAUUUCGACUUUGGCUUCGUAAAACUUACGGCAUUUAACCACUCGUCGCUUCUGUUUGAGUACAAGAAGAGCAAGGAUGGGAAGGUGUAUGAUUCCUUCACUAUCUCAAGGGAUUAUAAAGAUGUUUUGGCUUGUGUUCAUGAUGGCUGUGAACCAACUACUUUAGCUCCAUGAUGAACACUUUUUUCUGAUCAACAAAUGAUGUAUUCUUGACAAGAAAUUGUGCAUCGAACAAUCGACAAUGUAUUCUUGAAGUAUUAUUGUAUUUUGAAGGGGAUUUCAA